AUGUCUUCAUUCCCUCGUAGUAAUUGCUACAUGUUUGAUACCAAUAUCUCACAAAAGUAUGUUGCGGCAGAAUCUGGUCCUGAGUCAGGUUUAAUGAUGAUUCUGUUAACUAAUUCCUACAAUCCGACUGAUUAUAACACAUAUGCAUUUAUAAAUGACGACACGACUGGUAUAAAUGCUUACACAAGUGACUACGCAACAGGAAAUGAUGGAUUUAGACAUAAAAUUAUUAACCAGUGCAAAAAUGAUGCUGGCUGCACUACACCAAAAUGGGGCUGUCCAAGUAACUUCAUAAAGCAUGGGAACUCCUGCUACAAGUUUGAAUAUACCAGAACAGCGACAUGGUGCAAUGCCAAUAUUGCAUGUUUUAACCUAAAUGCACAUUUGGUAGCCAUAGAAUCUGAGGCUGAGCAGAACUAUUUGAGUGCUAAGAUCACUGCUGAUGGCAAAAAAGGACUGCCCUAUCAUAUUUGGAUUGGCGGAAAUAACCUGGCAGGAGAAGGAUGGAAGUGGGCAGCUGCAGGAUUGGGAUUCACCUCUAAACCAAUGGGAUAUACGCAUUGGGGAAAUGGACAACCCGACAAUGAGAACAAUAAUGAGAAUUGUGUGCAUAUUGGUGCCUGGAAACAUACAUGGAAUGACAACAAGUGUGCACACAGGAAAUAUUACAUUUGUGAAAUAAACUUGUAGAAAUACAAAUGGAAAAUAAAUUAUUUGGACAGCCA